AAUUAAUAUACAAACAUUAACCUGGAUCAACGUAAAAAACAUAUUUCUACUUCAACAUUCAACGUUGCAACGUUUCAGCAACAUUAUUUUAACUUUCUGUAUGGGUUUGUAAAGAACAGAUUCAAUAUUUUGUCGCCCAUCGCUGAAGUAAAAGAUUCCCAAGUUCAAAAUAUUCUGACAAUACAUCAUUGGCAUCGGAGCUAACAAUUGUGACAAUUUUUAGCCAUCAGGAUACUGUUGCAGUAACAUCCGUAGAAUAACGUUAUCAGAGCAGCUAAUAUAUCGCAACUUGUAUAGUGGUUCUUAGAUAUUCUCUGCCGGGCUGACCGCGUUUUUCCGGUGCAUUCUCUUCGUGCAACACUGCUGAUAGUGCCAGGCCGCCGAUUAUACUGUACUAUUAGCGAGCCUGCCAAACCCUGGACUCCACGGCUACCGGAAUAUAUUUACCGAAUAGUGCGUCACGUUUCACGUAUGUCAAUCACCAUAAAAGAGCGGCGCGAAAGAACUGUCUAUCUUAAUCGCGCACUCGACCGUGGAUUCAUCCGUCGGCCGAACGCAACACCCGAAAUAGUCAUUGCCUGCGAUCGUCACGAUACGUUCAACAUCGAGGAAGCGGUGCUCGCUGUUACGGCGAGUUCUUCCUGAAACGACAGAGGAUCCACCGACAGGAAACGUCGCCGAAACAAUUACCGGAAACUCGAAGUCUAACUAAUACCACGUACCUCGAGGAGAGAACGUCGAGGGGAGGAGGGAAUUUUUGAAGGAAAGGACGAGAAAAGGAAUUUAGGGAGUCUGGCUUUACCGUGCGGUGAGCUACCAAAAUUCGAAAGUAUGCAUGAAUACAAUCGGUGAGAUUUUAUGUACAGAUAUAGUACAGUGAAUAUGGGAGCGACCCUACUCCUCCCUGUAAUACUCACCGCAGCAUUGUUCGCGACUGCGAAUAAUAUCAACGAACAAUGCCAAGUGCACAAUGAAAGGAGGAUUACGUGCAGUUGCAUCGGAAACGAGGAAUUUUUCCUACCAGAGGAUUACAAUUACAAGAACGUCACUAGCGUGUCCGUCACAGGAUGCGUUUCAGCGAGUCUCCUUUACUCCAGUUUUCCGGAGGCGGACGAUCUGGAGGAGGUGAUAGUUCAGAAUAUCAGCGGCAGCCUGAACUUUGACGUCUUCUUCGCGUCGAGCCGCAUGAAACUGCUGAGGCUUUCGAACAUUGGCCGAAUACCAAGGAUUACGAGCUAUACGUUCACGAAUCUGAAAGCUAUCGACACGCUCGCGAUCGAGGACGCCCUCAUCGAGAAUCUCGAGGAAGAGUUCUCCUACCUCAACGUGUCGAACUUCAUCAUGAUAAACGUUACGAUCGAGCGGGUGGACUGGCUGAACGUCUCCGAGAAGGGCACGACGUUGCGCAUAGUGAAUAGCGAGCUGCGUAACGUCAAGAAAACUGUCAACUUCGCCGACUUCCUGAACAUCGAGAUCACCGGCUCGAAAUUUGAGAUGCAGAAACCGGGACUGAUGUCCAUACAGGGCGACGUUGCCGUCGUGAGGAGCAGCGUCUUCUCGAACGUGAGCAUGAACCUGGUCACCACGUCCUCCAUCGUGAUAAACGGCAUUUGCGCGGACGGCAAGAGCACCCUGAGGCUCAGCUCGGAGCGCAUCGACAGCACCGACAACAGAUUGCCGAACGAGAUAGCCUAUCCGGGAGGCGAUCAACGUGGGUCGGAAUUCUUCAUGAUUCGGAACAACACGGUCUGCAAAGCGGGCAACUGCAAAUGUUCCAAGAGCAGCGGGCAGGCGUCGUGUCAAACAAUCCUAAUAUACAUUUUAUUGUUAACGGAAUCCAUAAUUAUACAUUACAUGUAACGCCUUCGUGCGACACUAAUGAAAACGGUCUUAUUAUCCGAGUCUGAUUAGAUGAGACCGACUUGUGGAAAGUCAACCGCACCUUGACUUGAAAGGUGACGAAUCACAUGAUAAAAUGAUGAAUAACAUAUUACGCAGGGUUGGACAGUAACGCGUUACAGUAACUUGUAACGAAGUUACAGUUUAUCUGUUCUUUCUUUAACUGUUCAUUACAUUCUGGCAUUCUUAUUUGAAAAAGGUAUAAUUAUGUAUUCAAUUACAAUUGCACGUACAGAAAGAAUAGAAAAAGCUAAUUAAAGAGGAACCUGAGAGUCGACGUGUUCACAUUUCAUGUAGAAGUCUAAUGACUCUAUGUGUACAAAAUGUACACAUUUACAUAGCCAUGUCCACAAAUACUUCCAAAGGAUAACACUUCCAAUGUCCACAGUCUUCUGUCCGUUUCGCAGCACCUCGGAACAGUUUUCUGCGAGAGAGCAAAAAUGAAAGAACAAAAUGUAUCGCGCUCGUUAAGCAACUUGAGCUAUUAUAGUUUCCAAAUAUUCAGCGCUUUAUGAAAUAGUUGUACUUAUGUAUACACUUUGUACACACAGAAGCGCCAGCGGCCGAGUUUCAUUUGAUACGCGGACACGUUCACUCUCCCGACUUCUUCUUGCUAAAGAGAAUAAAUCUAUAUCAAACGCGAAAUGUAUAUAUGCAUAUAUAUAUAUAUAUAUUAGGGAAUCACAAAGCACUUUUAUUUAAUUCAAGCAUCUUAAACAAACUUUUACUAAACUACAAUUUUCUACCCUUUAAUCUACAUAAAAUAACGAUACUUAGAUAUUUAAAAUAUAUAAAACUCUCUGUUUACAAAAGAUAAUAUUCACUACAAAAUUCCACACUGCUGCGUUACUAAUAAUGUCCAUAUUCCUUGCAAAUGUAUGCGCCUUCUUCAAGAUACAAAUAAAUUACAAAUAACAA